AUGCUGAUGCUGUGCGGAGAAACGACAAAGAAGGUGCGCCCGCUUGGCCCAUCAGGGCCAGUUAUCCAUUGCAUCCAGAGUGGCGCAGAGAUGGCAAAAAUGUUCCGGGACAACCCAAACAAGCUGUUGCGGUUCAACCCCUUGGAUUCGCAGCAUUUACCUGGUCCUCUGGGGAAGUUCAUGUCCUUGGACGACAGCUUAGUGCAAGUCGUCGACGGAAUUAAGAAGUCCCUUUUCUUCGAGCUGCAGGGCCCUGACCGCGAGCGGUUGAAGAGCCAUAUGAUCACCUUCGCGAUGCGCUUCAGCGACCAGAAAGUCCUGGACAGGAUGUACAAGGACAUGCGAAAGCACUUCGAGACUUUCUCCAUGGAGGGCGGAGAGAAAUCGAAGAACUUGUUCGAUGUGAUUCAGCGGACCAUCGUGGCUGUGCUCCUUUCCGAGAUGUUCGGCUGUUCUUUGCCAGACGAUGUGACACCAGCAAGGCUGCAAGAGCUCGCCAACAAGGUCUUUGGUGCUUUGCCGAACGGCCCUGUGGCUGAGGACUGGAGAAUGCUCAAGAGGGUCGUGGACCACAUGACCGCAGAGGCUGUUGAAGGAAGCAUGGCUUGGCAUUUGAGGGUCACCUACGAGGGCAAACCGGAGGAGAAGGAGGGAACAAUCAGAAGCAACAUGCUCGUGCUGCUCCUGAUUGGGACACAGAGUAUGGCCAAUGGAGCCUACUGGCUGACCCUCUGCCUGCAAGAUCCGGAUCGCUUGUCACGCUUACGCAGGGGCGGCGGCAAGCUUGCCGACGUCUUAGUGGAAGAGAUGCGUCGACACCCGCCAAGUGCGCCAAUACUGAUGCCUUACAAAGUCAUCAGUGCUUUCACAUACUGCGGCAUUGACUUCCUUGUGGGCGAGAUUGUGGUCAUCUCGCCACCAUGGCAGCACAUGGCAUUUCCGAAACCACAUGAGCACCAGGAGGAUCGAUUCAGCGAGGAUCUUGCUGCCCACAGGCAAAGAAGCGGCUGCCCCUUCUGGACAGGUUCUGGCCCGGUGCCCGGCAAGGAGGUGGAGGCUGCCGAGAGGGUCUUGUCCGACAGGACUUGCACCUUCGGAAUUCGUCCGUUCGGGUGUCCGAUGAAGCGAGGUGCUGUGGCGAUGCUGCUGAAUUUGGGAGCAAUUAUCCUGCAAGAUUAUGAUGUAAAGGUUGAGAACCUAGACCUCGUCAGCGGCACUCCUUUCGAAGAGCACAUGGAGCUCGUCACUGUGAAUAGACCCUUUGAGCUGCUGAGCGCCAGGUUUUGCAAGCGUGUGUCUUUUCCCAUCUGGACUGCAUUCUUCCGCAUUCCUAGAUUUUUCUGGCUCCAGAUCGGGGCACUGAUCGUUCGCGUAGUACGCCCAGUCUUGUACGGGCUGCCGUCGAUCAUGUGA